AUGGAGCCGCUCGUCAGGUGCGCGGCAGCGGGGGCGGAGGAGUUGGGUUGCCUGGUCUUGGGGCAGCUCUACACGGUCUUGGCUUACGCCGACGACUUGGUCUUGCUGGCCCGGGGACCUGAGACCCUCCAGGAGAUGCUGGAUUCCGUGGUGGUGGUGGCUCAGUGGGCCGGGCUGCGUUUUAAGCCCUGCAAGUGCGCCACCCUCCACCUCGGUGGCCGCGGGACGCGGAAGGGUGCACUACCCACGGUCCUGCGAGUGGGGGGCGAGCCCGUUCGCGCCUUGGUAGAGGGAGUUCCUUAUCGCCACCUUGGGGUACCCACAGGCUACAGGGUGGUCCAGACCCUGGAGGCAGCCAUCGCAGCCCUCACCGCUGACCUGGACCUCGUGGCGUCCAGUCUGCUAGUUCCCUGGCAGAAGGUGGAUGCAGUGAGGACCUUCCUCCACUCCUUCCUCCAGUUCAUCCUGCGUGGGGGGCGUGUCCGUAAGACGGCCCUGGCGGACUGCGACCGACACCUCCGAGCCCAUACCAAACUGUGGCUUAACCUUCCACACCGUGCCAGCCCCCUGCUCACCCACAUUCCCCCUGUGGAUGGCGGCAUGGGUAUCCUACCCCUGGGGGAGCAGGCGGACGCGGCAACAGUGACCCAUGCUUUCAGGCUGCUGUCCUCGGCCGAUCCCCCGGUCAGGGCACUGGCCUGGGCCAAACUCUGGGCAGCGGUCACGCGCAAGGCGGCCCUACCUGAAGAUGCUGUCACUGAGGCAUUGCUGGCGCAAUACCUGAAGGGGAGCACCGCCGCGCCCCUCAGCCGGGACCCUGGUGCCACCGAGUCCCUGUGGACGUACACCAGAAAUGCUGGGAGCCGCCUCCAUGCCCUAGCCGGCAUCUCAUGGCAUUGGUGUGUGGUCCUUCAAGAACUGCAGCUGGAGCUGCCCAUGCCGGGCAGCUGCGACCCGGAUCGCGCCGUGAGGCACUUCGCCAGCUUCCCGACCAAGGCCGCGUUCUGGACGCGGUCUGCAGUUCCCCGACGCAGCCACUUCCUCCGGACGGGACAAUUCACCCAGUUCGCGGAGUGGCGCUUUGUCCACCGCGCGCGGUUGAAUGUGGUGCCCCUCAACGGUGCCCGCCACGGUGGGUACCAGCGCGACAGGGCUUGUCGGCGUUGUGGCUACUGGACCGAGACGCUGGCGCACGUGGGCACCCAGGUCCGGGUGAACCAUCAGGUUCCACACACCGACUCGCUCCUCCGGCCGGACCUGGUGGUGAUCAGCAAGGCCCGCAGGACUGCUUACCUGGUGGAUGUGACGGUUGCCUUUGACAACCGUUACGUCUCCCUGGAGGUCGCGCGGGCUGACAAGUUGCGCAAGUACCAGGUGCUCCACGACCAGCUGAGGAUGCGUGGUUACCGGGCGGAGGUGGAUGCCUUUGUCGUGGGGUCGCUGGGCUCCUGGGACCCUGCCAAUGAGGGUGAUGGGGUCGAUUAUGGCAGUCCGCUGGGCGAUGGUGCUGCCCGUGAGCCCGACGUGUGUGCCUGGAUCGACCCAGCCUCCCAGUGCCAGAGCGGCCUUUCGGUGGCCCCGCAGUGCCCAGCUGCUGAUGACCUUCGGCAGCCCAUGGAUCGCCUGGCGUCCCACGAAGACCGGACGUUGCUGCGGGAUUGCCGCUGGCGGGGCCCCAUGCGCUCGCGGCGACCGGCGACAUGGCAAGAGCCCGGCCGCACGGGCUCGCCGGGCCCGCGGUGGUUUCACCUACCGCCGCCCCAGGGUGUGGUGGUGCCGGGCACCUCGGCCCACUGA